UCUUAGUCAAGGUUGUGCUGUAGAUAAUGUUCUUGUAGUUCAGUGGUUGAAGCAUUACGUCACUAACCCAAGAAGUUUUGGGUUUGAAUGACAGGUGCACCUACUGACUGAUGAGAUCAUAAUCUACAGCACAGCCUUAAUAAAACAAAAACAUUUUUUGUUUUCUUUUAUUGUAACUUUCGACGCGACUUCUUUUACAUUAUUCUGCACCAUGGACUUGUGCUUCAUCUUUCUCACUUAUCUGCCGUACUUCAUUGUACAAGGUGUGUUUGGUGAUGAAGUGAAGUCAGUGUCAGUGAUGGAGGGACAUUCUGUUACUCUACACACUGAUGUCAUCAAACAGAAAAAUGAUCUGAUCGUGUGGAGUUAUGGACCUGAAAACACCGUUGUUGCAAGAAUCAACGGUAAAGCCAGUAGCACCAAGUUAUCUGAGGAUGAGAUGUUCAUAGACAGACUGAAGAUGAACCAUCAGACUGGAGAUCUCACCAUCAGUGAUGUCAGAACUCAACACUCUGGACUUUAUACACUGAGGAUCAGCAGCAACAAUAAAGUCUCAUACAAGACAUUCCAUCUCACUGUCAAUGGUCAUUUACUUCCCCUGAAUCACAUAAAGCACGAUCAAGAUCUAGACAACACUGAACUCUGUCUGGAGUGUUCAGAGUCUCCUGACCAGCGGCUCAUUGUAAUAACAGCUGUCAGCUGUACUGCUGUGUUGUGUGUGAUCAUCAUCAUCAUCGUCAGCAUCAUCAUGAAGAAAAGAAAGGUGAACUCAUCAGAAAGUAAAAAUCAUCUGACUGAUGAAAUAAAAAGCAUCAAUUCCAUCAGCACAUGUGAAGAUGAAGAAUCCUCAAAGUGUCUGAAUGAAAAACAACAACACUGGAUUGAAGCAGGAUCAGUGUGAAGAUGUUUUGAUCAGUAUGUGUUACUGCACAUGUAGCCGCCCCUUUAACAGACGCAUGAGCGAAAGUCACUUUAGUAGAGAACAUCAGAGCUUCCCAAAAAAACGCUCCUAUUGCCCCUUCUGUCUCACUAGUAAUAUUUGCUUUUAGUCAUUUAUCAGAUGCUUUCAUCCAAAGUGACUUACAUAUGAGUCAGAACAAGAGAAGCAGUCAGUGCAACAACAAGGGCACCACUGCUAAAGUAGAAGAGGAGUCUGUGUUAUCGUGUCAGGUGUAGAGAUGUGUCUUUUAGUCCAGUCUUUGAGAUUGGUAAAGCAGAAGAAGACAGAUCAUCUCACCAUCGUGGAACAGUUCCAGAAGGUGCAUGAAAGUGAUUUUGUGCCUUUUUGUGAUGAUACCACAAGACACGGUUCAUAAGCAGAGCUCAGGGAUCUAGAGCCGUGGUUCUCAAACUGGAGGCCACUAGAUGCAUUGUGUGGUGAUUUAUGAAAUAUAUAAAUUUAUCCCAGAUUUAACUCAAUCAAACGUCAGAAAAAUAAGACCACCAACCAAAAGAGUUGAAGUUCCAGGAGUGUGUAACUGAAUAUAUUUUUGGUUUACUUAAAAUUCAAAGAUUACAAUUAUUAAUCUUUAAUUGGGGGGUCACAAAGCAGUGCACUCCACACAAAGGGGGCCUUAAGCCUGUGGCAUACUGAUUUUUUUAAGUGUAGGUAAGCAUACAUGGGCAGCCUAAUGCACAGCCUUGCACAGAAUACAUCCUUCGGUGAGGUUUUCUUCUACUACCUCAAAUCGAUGCACCCAGGACACGGUUGCCACGUGGGGGUCAAACUAAUUACUGCAAGAAAUUUAAAGACCUGCACAUACUUUUUAAGUAAAGUAAAAUAAUUCUGUUUAUGAGCGUUUUUGGACAUGGACAUUUUUUGUCCAUUUUGAACCUUAAUGUUUGUUUUUUGUUUAAAAAAAUCUGUCAUUGGUCAAAAAAAUAAGGCGUCACAAUGAAUGAUGAUGUACUUAUUAACAUUUCCAAAACAUAUAAUAUUUUUUUUUAAACAGUGGUAUCAUGUGAACAAAUGUGAUGAAAUUGUAAGAUUAACUCGAUCCCCAUUACAUUUUUAAGGCUAUGGUUUUUCAUUAUUGUAGAUUCUAUAUUUUUUAUUUUAAUGUAAUUAGAUACGUUCCUACUCUCACCUAUGGUCAUGAGCUGUGGGUCAUGACCGAAAGGACAAGAUCCCGGAUACAGAUGGCCGAAAUGAUCUUUCUCCGCAGGAUGGCUGGGCGAUCCCUUAGAGAUAGGGAGAGAAGCUCGGUCACUCGAGAGGAGCUCAGUGUAGAUCCGCUGCUCCUCCACAUCGAGAGGGGCCAGCUGAGGUCUUUUCCAGAUGCCCCCUGGACGCCUUCCCGGGAAGGUGUUCCGGGCAUGUCCCACCGGGAGGAGACCCCGGGGAAGACCUAGAACACGCUGGAGGGACUAUGUCUCCCGGCUGGCCUGGUAACGCCUCGGUGUCCCCCCGGAAGAGCUGGAGGAAGUGUUUAGGGAGAGGUAAGUCUGGGCAUCCCUGCUUAGACUGCUGCCCCCGCGACCCGGCCCAGGAUGAAGUGGAAGAAAAUGGACGGAUGGAUGGAUGGAUGUAAUUAGAUGAGAAUUACAAAUUUUUAACAUAAGCUAUAGUCAGUUCAGACUCUUUUUGUAAUAAAAACUGAUAGAUGUUUUUUGUAUAGGCUUUUCUUAUGUCAUUACUGUCUGUUUACAUGUUUACUGUAAACAACUGUGAUUCAUUUUGGGCUGUGGGCAAUAUUUUCCACGAUAAGAAAUGGCAGUAAUCUGUAGCAUUUAAGCAUUAUAUGUUUCAAUUGUUUUACGUGAUGCAUGGGCUUUGUUUUUGAAAAAGCUCAAUGGCGCUGAUGUUUCACGUGACUUUGAGUAAGACUUUGCCUGUCCGUGAUUUUUGUUCUCAUGUCUGUAAUAUAUGUGGACAAUAUUAAAACACUAAUUAAAGAGGAGAAGUGAGAUAUUUGAAGACUGAA